AUGGUUGUCUGUUCGGCGGCGAAAUGUUCCAAUUCGUCUCGAAUAAAACAAUUACGAUUUUUUAAGUUUCCCAGUGAGGAAACGAGAAGAAAAAAGUGGAUGGAAAGUUCAGGAUUAGAAACAGAACCAGGUUCUUACGCUAAAUUGUGUGAGAUACACUUUGAAGAAAGCCAAUUUGAAUUGCACCGACAAGACGGUUGGAGGAAAUUAAAACCAAAUGCAAUUCCCACGAUAUUCCCGGAUCCUCCUGAAACACCUCGAAAAGAAAGGAAAGAAAAGGCUGCUUCACGUAAACGUAAGCGAUCAAGUUCUGUGGAGCCUGCAGUGACUCCAAGAAGAAGUAGCAAGAAGAAGAGUUUAGCAAGCCAUGAUAGCACUGCUGAUAAAAAAAGAAAAUCUGGACGCAAAAAGCUUAAAGAAUCUCCAUCCACUCAGAAAAAGAAACAUGGUGGAUCUUCACAACAGAAAGAAAAUGUUUCGCCUCGUCUGCGCAGCAAAAAGCUGAAAAUAAGCAAACCAAUAGUUAUUUCUGAUGAAUCAGAGGAAGAAUCGGAAGAGGACGAUGAAGCAGAACAACAAAUGGCCUUUUUGAAGAGGGAGAACGAAUGCAUGAAAAAAGAAAUCCAAGAAUUUGAGAAGCAUAAUCGAGCCAUGAGCCGUGUCAUUCUGGAACUGGAGAAGGCGAACAAAGCAAUGAGCAUAAAAUUGCAAGAGCUGGAUAAAGACAACAAAAUUUUGACCAAGAAAGUGAGUGACCUGGAAAGAUUGAAUGAAGACCUAAAGACAAAGCUGAAUAACUCUUUUUCAGAAGAACAGUUUGCUAGAUUGGAUAAAAUGAAACAGCUAGGAAAAAUUGAGAGGUAUAUACCAGCCAUAAAAUAAGGCUAAA